CUAUUGACUCUGCAGACAUUUGGCAGCUUCUACGCACUGUGCGCUUCAUCAUGUGCUGACCCCGCUAUGUUAUUUUACGUGGCCUACCACUUUGUGGCUGAGUUGCUGUUGUUCCCAGUUGCUUCCACUUUGUUAUAAUACCACUAACAGUUGAUUGUGGAAUAUUUAGUAGCAAGGAAAUUUCAUGGAUGGACUUAUUGCACAGGUGGCAACCUAUCAUGGUACCAUGUUUGAAUUCACUGAGCUCCUGAGAGCGACCCAUUCUUUCACAAAUGUUUGUAGAAGCAGUCUGCCUGUGGCCAUGGAGGUGAUUGGAACUCCUGAAUCCAAAGAAUUGAAGGUGUGCCCCAAUACUUUUGGCAAUAUAGUGUAUCUAUCAAUGUGUCUCAGAAGUUCAAGUGUCUCAACUGUAUAUCCUACUUAGAGCCAAUUACAC